AUGGCCUCACACCAGCGGUCCGCAUCCGCUGCUACUACUGCCACUGCCACUGCUGCUGCCGGCAGAAGCAGAAGCAGCGCACGAGAGAAAUCGUACUUUGAGCAGCAGCGCGAGGAACUGAUUGGCGAGAUUGCCUUGAGCUUCGAGCACGUCCUCGCCAACAUCAACAAGCUAAACCGCUCGCUCGAGGCGGUUAUUGCCGUGGGCAACGAGUUCUCAUCCGUCGAGGCGCUGUGGUCGACUUUUGAGACGGUCAUGGCCAAGGAUCCCGAGGCGGGAGCGGAGGAUGCGGCGGCGGCUGCAGGCGGCAAGCCGGACGAGACGGAGGGCGAGACGGAGGUCGACGGGGACCAGUCGAGAAACGACGAGAGCGCCGCUGAGCCGUAG